GGGAGACCGGAAGGCCCGCCCCUCUCUCGGUUUGGCGGUCCUCUCCGCUCUUCCCCACUCCGCUCCCUUAGAGCCCGGGUUCAGCCGCGCGCCCUCGGUCCGGCGAUUUUCGCGGCUCCCCCUUGCGCCUGCGUGAGCCUGCCCUGCCCCACGCGCGGGCUCGCGCGCGGGCUCCCGCCCGGCCUCAGGCCCGCGACCCCCGGCCCUUCCCUCCGCGGCCCCGGCCGCCGCGCGUGGCGCCAGCACCAUGCUCUUCUAUUCCUUUUUCAAAUCCCUUGUGGGCAAGGAUGUGGUCGUGGAACUCAAGAAUGACCUGAGCAUCUGUGGAACCCUCCACUCUGUGGACCAGUACCUCAAUAUCAAACUAACCGACAUCAGUGUCACAGACCCUGAGAAGUACCCUCACAUGCUAUCAGUCAAGAACUGCUUCAUCAGGGGCUCAGUGGUCCGCUAUGUGCAGCUGCCGGCCGACGAGGUGGACACACAGCUGCUACAGGACGCGGCAAGGAAGGAAGCCCUCCAGCAGAAGCAGUGAUGCACCCCCCCUCCGGUGACCCAUAACUUGAUGUCCAGCUGAGGACAGGGACACCCUGCCCAGUGCUUCCGGUGUCUUUUGUUUUGUUAAUGGUUUUUUCUUUUUAAUUGAAUGGAUGAAAGGGAUGAUAGUCGGGAACAACUAUCCUCUUGAGAAGGGAGGGUGAGAGCUGGGGACUGUAAAACGUUCCUGGUCCCCACCUUACUCUGCCUUUCCCUGGAGUGGGAGCUUCCUAGGCCUUUCCAGGGCAACACGUGAGUGGAAAGAAUCUGUCCCGCAUCGGGAAUAAAAUUUAUGAUCAAACA